AUGCCGAGCGCGUCAAAUGGAUACAGGCUUUUGGGACCGGAGCCCAAUUCAUCUCCUGUGCGCAUUUUUGUCCAAAUUCUCCUACUCCAAAGUUUCUACUACUUAUCUGCCUUUGUUCUCUUCUACUUAGUGGCCCAAUUGAAUGGCUAUGAAUUUAGCAUUUCCUGGGUUUUCUCGUGGGAACUAGUUGAGCCUGACAAUACUAUGGGACUUAUGCUUUUCUUUUUAUGGCUCUUUGACUCCCUUUUGUGCGUUCUUUUUGUCACUAUCAUUGUGGGUCGUUCUAAACUCGCAUGGGACUUCGCACUUACGGUACACAUCAUCAAUUUAAUUGUUGUUAACUUGUAUAGCGGGAAGUUCCCCACUUCAGUCCUUUGGUGGUGUUUGCAAGUUCUAAGUGGAAUCCUUUUGGUCACUUUGUCUACGUACUCAACGCGCUGGAAAGAACUACGAACCACAUUCUUUGAUAACAUGCUAGAUCAACAAGAAAGAGGAGAAGUAAGAAGUGACGAGAUUGAAAUGAAAAAUAUUGGUCCCCUGUCUUAA